CGCCGUGACGCCUCGCCUCCUUGCAUGUCUGCUCCUUUUUGUGCAACCUGAACGCUAUAGACGAUGUCAGGGCGGCCUUCGCUGAUCGAACACACAGUAUCACGAGAUCCCAGAUCUCAAUCUGUGUUGCACAAGACGCGGACAUUUCGCCAUUUGUACUCCUGUCAGUUAUUGCUGCCCUAAGGAAUGAUGCGGCCUAGGUGAAUUCGAGCAGAACGAGUCCACGAAUGCGAAUGCGGAAGCCCCUGCAACUAUCCAUCAUCGUUCGCGUUGAGGUGCACUUCCGACACUUGCACCUUUACCUGAUAUUCAAUUGUGAGCUGUCACCCAGGUCAGCUGCGUAUAAGAAGUCCAGCAAGUCCGGCAGCAUCACCCUCUGCUCCAUAUCACUCUUCCAACGAUUCACAACAACUUCUGUGGCGGCAAUAGUACAUCUUUAUCACUUCGUCUGCAUUCUUCCUCGGUCCCACAGCACAAGCCAACGCGGAUAGUUAUUCCUCUUUCUAUCACUACACCACCAUCUCUUCAGACCAUUGAACAUGUCUACCAGAACACAGAAGAACUGGCAGGAGGAGCUCGCAGUCGAAUGUCGCAGACUUAGGCUCCCAGCUCCUGUGUUCAACAUUGUUUCUGAUCGUCGCGGUGGACGUACAGCAUGGUCUGCUACAGUCACAGUUCAGGGACAAAACCUCUCGGCUCGAUACUGGUACGACGGCCAGUUCCUAAACAAUGCAAAAGAAGAUGCUGCCGAGGUUGCGUGUACCAGACUUCGAAGCCCUUCCAUCGGCGGAUCUGGGGCUAGUUCCAACACUUACCGUCAACAAGGAAACUUCAGCGGAAGUGUCUACAGACGUUGAUGGCCUGUGCAGUUGGGAAGAUCUCUUUCCACAGAUGGUUGCAAGUGCAAGUCGGCUGCUAUUGGGAGGCGGAGAGCUAUGUCAUGAUAGUCUUGCGACCUGUGUCCUUGGGCAAAGAGCACCCAGAGAGGUCUCGGAGAUCAGCAUCGCGAUGGCGUUAGGGUGAAGUGAGUAUGCAGGCUCCUUCUUCUAUGGGAUUGGCCACUCUUUUUCUUAUUUCCCUUGCCGAUGAGAUGAUGAGCGAGGACGGGUUUGAGGUUCAAAGGGCAGGUAUGGCAAGAUCUGAGGCACGUGUCAAAUGGUCAAAAGUCUCAGCCCUUAUUGAAAUGUUAGACCGCUCUU